GCCCAGCAGCAGAAAUUGUGCAGGAUCAUGGGCACGGAUGCUACCACCUACGCAUCCUGCCGCGAAAGAUAUUCUAUGCAAAGAAAUCCACGAAGUAUGUGGAGAUGUCGUACCUAUCAAUAUGGUGAAAGGUAUUGGCCAUUUGAGAGACCCUCGUCUUAACAAGGGUCUGGCAUUUACUUUACAAGAAAGAAUAUCCUUAGGUAUACACGGCUUACAACCACCAAGAUUUAAAACUCAGGAAGAACAGCUGGCUCUGUGCAAGGCUUCAGUCAUGAAGUACACUGAAGAUUUAAAUCGGUAUCUUUAUCUCGUGGAAUUACAGGAAAGGAACGAGAGAUUAUUUUUUCGUCUAUUAAGUGAGAACAUUGAGCAAAUGAUGCCAAUUGUUUAUACUCCUACUGUUGGAUUAGCCUGUCAGAAAUUCGGCGUUAUCUAUCGUAGACCUCGUGGACUAUUUAUAACAAUAUACGAUAAAGGCCACAUUUACGAGAUCUUAAACAACUGGUUCCAAGCGGUUCGAGCAAUUUGCGUAACAGAUGGAGAGAGAAUUCUCGGUCUAGGUGAUCUCGGAGCUUGUGGGAUGGGAAUUCCAGUAGGAAAAUUAGCUCUGUAUACCGCUCUGGCUGGCAUAAAACCGCAUCAGUGUCUACCAAUCACGAUUGACGUUGGCACAAAUAACGAACAGCUGAGAAACGAUCCUCAUUACAUUGGUCUUAACAAACCUAGAAGUCAAGGUGCUGAAUAUGAUGAAUUGAUUGAUGAAUUUAUGGCUGCUUGUGUGAAAAAAUAUGGUCAAAAUGUUCUUAUUCAAUUUGAGGACUUCGGAAAUCACAAUGCCUUUCGUUUCUUAGAUAAAUAUCGCGACAAGUACUGCACGUUCAACGAUGAUAUACAAGGCACUGCCGCAGUUGCAGUUGCUGGUAUUUUAGCAUCAAAAAGAAUAACCAAGAAGCGUAUGUGCGAAAACAAAUUCGUAUUUUUGGGUGCUGGUGAGGCAGCUAUUGGAAUAGCUGAUCUUUGUGUUAAAGCAAUGGAGGCAGAUGGUUGUACCGAACAGGAAGCUCGUGAUAAUAUUUGGAUGAUGGACAUUGACGGACUGCUGGUUAAAAAUCGACCAGAAGGUAACCUAGAAGGUCACAAGAUCUGGUAUGCAAAAAAUCAUAAAGUGAUGAAAUCACUAUUGGAAGUUGUAAAGGAAGUAAAACCAACUGUUUUAAUUGGAGCUUCGGCAGCAGCUGGAGCAUUCACUCCUGAAGUCUUGAAAGAAAUGGCCAAGAAUAACGAAAGACCGUUGGUUUUUGCAUUGAGUAAUCCGACCAGCAAAGCAGAAUGCACAGCUCAACAAGCUUACGAUUAUACAAACGGAAGAUGCAUUUUCUCAUCGGGUUCUCCAUUUGGUGAAGUGAAGUAUGGUGGAAAAGUUUUUAAACCUGGACAAGGAAAUAACGCAUACAUAUUUCCUGGAAUUGCAUUAGGUGUCAUCGCGACUGGAGUUCAUCACAUUACCGAAGAUUUAUUCCUUAUCUCAGCACAAGCUGUUGCUGAUCAUGUAAAAGAUGAGGAUCUUGAAGUGGGUAGCCUUUACCCACCGUUAGGCACUAUUCGUGAAUGUUCAAUUGAUAUUGCUGUUCGAAUUGCAAACUAUGCUUAUGCUAGAACUGGAUUAGCAAGCGAAUAUCCAGAACCAAAAGACAAACGGCAAUUUAUUGUAAGUAAAAUGUACGAUGCCAACUAUGACAGUCCACUGCCAAAUGUUUAUGACUGGCCAGGAGAUUAUGCCAAACCUCGUGUUUUGCCUGAUAAGUAAGUAUUAUAUUUCUUUCUUAAAAUAUGUAACUCCAUCUAGCAUUUUUCAUUUUAUCAUGAAAACAUCUUUAAAAAAGGAAACGUUUUAAAAAGAAUUUUCAGAUUUAAUUUACGAAGAAAAAUGAUUUAUAUAUAAAUAAUAAUAAAUAGAAAAUAUUAGAAUCCAUAUUAGAAAAGUAACAAUGUCUACAGGAAAUAGUGAAUUUAAA